GGUCUUUCCGCGAGAAAUGGAACCCGUCCAACGUGGGAACGAGCUUGAAAAUGCACUACAAGUACGAGGCUGCUGGCUGCUUGUGGUGGACGGAGCUCUUUCCUCAGGAGCAGUCCCUGCUAGUGGAAACUUCGGAUAAUCUGGAUUGGGCUUCGGUGCUCAAGUUUGCCGAGGGUCUUGCAAUGGACAAGGCGGCCAAGGACGGCAUGCUGAUGUUCGACACCACGAUUGCAUGCUUCCUUUAUCCCGACGAUGUUGCGGGACAGGGCCUCUCCGAUGGCUUCCCUGCUUGUUUGCCGGUCCUCCGGGCCGCUCUGUUGCCUGCAUGGGGUGUCCUGGUGGCCCUCGGCCAGGCCAUCCUGAAGCAGGAUUGGGAGCACGUGCGCAGACUGGUGGAAGUCACGCGCAGCGUGCGCCUCAGGCUGCACGUGGUUAAAGACCGCGUGGAGGCGGCGAAAGAAUCCAUCCACUACUGCGAGGAGUUUCGCAAGAACGCUUUGUUGCAAGACACUUUUGUGUCCUGGGUGGGGAAAUUUCAGACGAUCUGGACUUCCUACAAGGGCACGCAGAAGAACGCGUUGGCCUGGCUCCGGGAUCAGAACGUCAAGUACCUCAACAAUGACGUGAACGACGCUGUUCUGAAGGCUGCCAAGUUGGCCAUCUCGUACUUCGACGGGCCAGUCGUGGCCACUCUGCAGUCAAUCCAGCGGCUCUGGGGCAGGGAGGCCUUCAAUCAGAAUUACACCAAGCUCCUGCGCCUCAUGCACUGUAUGCAGAGCACGCUGAAGAAGGUUGGCCAAGCUGCAUCCAGCGAGGCCCUGCUCUGGGUCCUCCAGUACACCCGCAUGGCCCUCCGGAACGGCUGGCUCAAACUCGCCAGCCUCAAGGCAGACAACCUCGCGGAGUCUCGGUCGUCCAAGGUUUUGUCCUGGGGCCAGGUCAGCGUCCUCAAGUGGUCGCUCCUUUGCCACCUCAAAGGGACCCUUCCGGGUCUCACGGAGGACGACUCGGUCUCUCAGGACUUGGUGAAGGUCGUCGACACAUGCUUGGUCAUCCCCCACUUUGAGGCGCUCCUCCCUCAGAAGGACGUCCCCGAUCUCGACAAACAGCAGGAGUUGGCCGUCCAGGCUGCGGAUGAUGACGCCGACAUGCCCGAGGCCGCUUCGCAGCUGAACGAGGGCGCCGAGCUACUCCAGGGCUUCCUCAAUGGUUUGUCGUCUGCAGGGAGAGCUGCAGGCAAUCUCCUUUUCGAUCUGCUGCAGGGUGACUUGGAGAACGAGUUCCAGGCGGUCUGGUUGGGCAGCGAGAACUACGAGAAGACCUUGAAGGCCAUCCUGGCCAAUGAGGAGCAGGAGGAGGAGAACAGCUGGACACAGGCCGUCUCGAAUCUCAUGUCUGAGCUGGAGCUGCUGCACGCCCAAAAGACUCAGGCCGAUCCCACUCUCGGAGCUCCUGCCCCCAAGCUGCGUGAAUUGGUCCGCCUGAAUUCGGACGAGAAUGGCGCGGAUCAGAUCGCGAAGUGCAAGAAGGAACGGGAGACCUUGUGGACCUCUUGCGUCCAGCAUCGGUCCAGGACCGUGCGGUUCCUCGUGGGCCAGAAGAAGAACUCCAUGCAACUGUUAGAAGCCAUCCAGGCCACUCCAACAUGGAAGGCAUUCAAGCCUUCCAACACCGACUUCAUCCUCGUGAUCUGGUCCGCGGAUCUGGUGGGCGAAGCGCCCAAAACUCCAUGGCAAAACUUGUUCCAGAAGCCGAGCGUCGUGUCCACCGAGGACACAGAGCGUUUGGCCCUCCUGAAGAGUAUGACCGCAAAGGACAAGACGAUUUGCGUGGCCUUCGACGGCCGAAGCAAGUCCUGGAGAAAGUAUUUGGAUGAGGAGGUCGGUGGGCUGUGGCUGGUGUACAACGGCCGUCCCAACGAGGGCUGCGUUCCCAGCCGGCAGGUCUUCAUGUCUUCCUGCACUCGCGAAGUGGCCUUCGUCAACAUGGCCUUCGCGAAGACCGCCAUGAGGAUCCAGGCCCAUGCCGAUGACGACCUCAUGGAAGCGUCCACGUUCUACUCCCACUACUCCGGCCUUCGAUUCCCCAGGUCGCUCCCGAAAGUCCGAGCGGACGUGAAGCAGAUGAUCCUCGGGACCAGCGAGAGCCCGAGCCCCGAGGGGUGGCCCUCUGAGAAAGGCCUUCCGUUGUUUUGGCAAGAAGCGAAGUCUUCAAGAUUCUGGAAGACUUUUUUUGCCAACAUGGGCGCGAAGCUGAUCGUCGACCUGGAGGCAGGCUCCGGUGCAGCGGCCGUCGCCGCCAUGGAAGCAGGCCUCUCCUAUAUCGGCAUCUGCAAGUCCCCCGAGCACCAGCGCGUCAUCAGCAACGUCGUGGACUCCCAGUCUUUGAAGCUUAUCACGCAGCAAGGGCAUCUCCUCUACAAUGCCACCUUGUCGGAGUCCAUCCAUCAACUUUUCAAGUCA